GGCGGCGGGACAGGCGCUGCCGCCGCGCCCGGCUCUCCGCGGGCGCGGCUCGUCCUUCCCUUCCCUGCUGGGCCCGGACUAAGGCGGCGGAGUGGGAUGAAGGGGGGAUCUCGAGCGGGAGUUGGAUGCACACUGCUACAGGAGACCUUUCCUCGGAGCUGCUGCUGCUGCUAAGUCUCAGAUCCCGACUGUGAACAGGUAUAUUGCAGAGCUGUUAAUCUAUUUACCCCCCGCGAAUGUGGCCAAAGUCUUUAAUAAGAGUUACUCUAUAUGUGGAAGCAAAGAAAUCUUCCUUCAAGUGGAGCUGCAGUUUUGCUGAAUAAUCACGUGUGAGUUAGGGGCGGGGUCUUGGCAAGGAGGUUUUUUUACUAGUAUUUACUACAAGGUCUACUCCAGAAGAUUAACCAUCCCAAUCCUUCUGUCAGUCUCCGAUGCCAUGCCUGGUUAAAAAAAAAAAAAAUCUCAUCUUUUUUCCGAUCGUCAGUCACCCUAAAGAAUGGCCGAGCCUUCUGGGAACGAGCUGGCGUCCGCGGCUGCCAAGGGGGACCUAGUGCAACUUACUAAUUUGUUGCAAAAGAAUGUAAACGUCAAUGCACAAAAUGGAUUUGGGAGGACUGCGCUGCAGGUGAUGAAACUCGGGAAUCCCGAAAUCGCCCGGCGGCUGCUCAGUAAGGGGGCGAAUCCCAACCUGAAAGACAGUACUGGCUUCGCCAUCAUCCACGACGUAGCCAGGGAGGGGUUUCUGGACACUUUGCAGACUCUGCUGGAGUUCAAAGCCGAUGUUAACAUUGAGGAUAACGAGGGCAACCUGCCCUUGCACUUGGCGGCCCAGGAGGGGCAUGUGCGGGUGGUGGAGCUGCUGCUGGCUCGCUCGGAGUGCAAGGUGGGCCACCAGAACAAGCGGGGGGCCACUGCCUACGACCUGGCCAAGCUCUACCGGAGAGCAGCCGUGGUGGAGCUCCUGGAGGCCAGCAGCUCCUUCCCUGCCAACAUGGACUGAACCCCGCUAGGAUGGGGUCUCCUUUGGACGUGAGGGCGUGCUGACUUCUUGGGGUGUUUCCCUCCUUUUUUUUGUUGCCACAUUACUCUUAUUUUAUUUUUUUUUUCUGAACAGCUGGUAGUGUAAGUCUCAAGAAAUUCCAGAAGUGGGUUUAUAGAUAACAGAAAAGUUUUAAAUCCAUGCUCCCAGCAGUUUCUUACACCUUUCACUUUACUCAGUACUCACAGGCUCAUUCGAGUGUAUGUUGGUUGUUCAUAUCUAGUUUUCCAGUAUCAAGUUUUACAACUUAUUUUAGGUCAUUCAUAUGAAGUCAUUAAUCCAGGAGCUACUAUUCACAUGCUUAGUAUUGCUGGACUUUUAAGAAAAGGAAAUAGUUUACUGUGAUUUCUCCCACCUCUCAGUGCACCCCUCCCUUCUCUUCCCCACCCCCCUUCGGUCAGGCUCAAGAGUCUGAAGUCUUGUUUUGGAUUAAAACAUCCUUUUAAGGGGUCACCUGCAACCCCUGCACAGGCAGAGCUGGAAGUGAAAGGUUGCUUGGCCUGAGGACAGUGGAUGGCAUUUAGAUGCUUUAGGCAAUAACUAUUUUGUCACUAACAAUAGCUUGUAGAAGUAGGUUACUUACUUUCUAAAUGUAGAUGACACUUUUCCUCUUUGUGUAUUUAAACUUUCACCAAUCUGGUUUUGAAUUUAGUUACCAGAAACAAUGUAAGUGGUGUUUCUGUGAUUGCCAGAGGUUUUAAACAGCUCAGUUUAGUAGUUCGUGUUUACUGUGCACUGCACAAGACCUUUUUUUCUAGUUUCAAAACAGGCAGCAGAGAAACACUGUCGGAGGCAAGAAGAUAUGAAGGCUGCAAUACAAGAUUUCUGGUCACUUCAUAUGCUGAGUGCAGUUUAGAUGUUCUUUCAGUAAUAUUUGCUUUCCACUAGCUAUUCUGUUUUGUCUGUAAAUAAACUAUUUUAAUGACAGAUGCAUCUCACAAAACAAGAAUAUUUGCAUACAGUGACAUUUAGGAAGCAGCACCUUUGAUAUUUGUGAGGUUAAGUUAUUGCUUGCACCUAAAACACGAUUUAACCAUUGAAAAUUUUCCAUUGCAAUACAGUUGAGAGUAUUCACCACACCGAAACUCAUUUGCCUCUCCAGCCUCAACAUAUUGGGAAGAGUCUCUUAUGAAAUUUUUAACAUUUGUACAGGAUCUACUUUUUGGACAGAUGGGCAAUUUAAACUACUUUAUUUUGAAUAGUCUAAAAUUUAAUUGCACAAAAUAGAAGGGUUUUAAUCAAUGUAAAAUUAAUACUACUUUAAAUAGUACUUAAAAGAGCAGAGGGAGUACCUUAGUUUAGUUUUCAACUUAAAAAAAUUAGCCCCACAAAAUCAGUACUACAUUUUCAAGUAAAAAGUAAUUUGCUGAAACUGUCUGUCACGUUUACUAUAAGCUCUGUUACACUGCUGUGUUUUCUGAUUAAAAACCUCUGUGAAAUAUGAA